AUGAUUUCCAACAGGCAGACGAUGGGUACGCUGCUACUCCUGGUAGCAAAUAUCUUGAUCCCACUAGGCAUGCUCAUAUUCAUGGCUGGUCUCUUCCGCAGUCGACCUCUGCUAGAAGUCGCGGAUUUUCCCAGCCCGUCAACAGAAAUCACAGUUCAUAAGGCGCCUUUCGACAAGGUGAUCUUCAUGAUGGUCGAUGCAUUGAGGACCGAUUUUGUUUUCGCUAAGGACGGUGGAUUCCCCUUUACGCAAAGCCUCAUUCGCUCAGGCGCCGCUGUACCUAUAACAGCCCUUUCGGCCAUGCCAACCUUGACCCUAUCUCGUAUCAAGGCCCUGACUCAAGGGUCGAGUCAGUCGUUUCUAGAUGCCUGGCUAAAUGUGGUUAACUGGCCUGAGGACUCGCGCCUGGACAGCGGAGACACCUGGCUUACACGUCUCAAGGCAUCCAGGACUGACCAAAAGAAACUCGUCUUUUACGGCAUAGAGGAGUGGGUGGACUUGUAUUCGGACGUCUUUGAUCGCCAGGAGUACUUCUCUUCUUUCCACCUCCCAAGGCUCGUUGAUAUCGACCGAAAUGUCACCAGAAACCUGUCUAAGGAGCUGGAGCGUGAUGACUGGAGCGCUCUUAUUCUGCAUUACUUGGGGCUCGAUUGUAUCGCUCACAUGGGAGGGCCAAGAUCUGCUCAUAUGCGGCCCAAGCAGCUCGAGAUGGAUGAUGUUGUCAGAGACAUCUACACGGCCUUGACCCGCGAGCCUCACAUGCAGGAUACUCUUCUAGUUCUCCUUGGUGACCACGGAAUGACAUCUCAGGGAAACCACGGCGGGCGCCUACCCGAGGAGCUCGCCGCCGCCACCGUCUUCAUAUCCCCUAAGUUAGAAGACAUGGCGCAACCACGGCGCAGCUCCCCCCUAGAAGCUGCCGAGGACUACCUGUACUACUCCGCUGUGAAGCAAGUCGACAUAGUCCCCACGCUUUCAGGAUUGCUGGGCUUUCCAAUUCCGUCAAGAAAUUCAGGUAUCUUCAUACCCGACAUGCUUCCAGCUUUUGGCGACGACAUGAAAGCUGUGGAGUUUCUGGCUGAGAACGCAAAACAGAUACACAGGGCUCUUGAACUAUCGAGGAAAUGCCCAAGCACAGCUAAGGUCUUAGAUGAUUAUAAGAAUUCUACGAGAUGUCACGAUGGCUUGGAUCGCACUGAUGAUCUGUGGGAAGCCAUGCUGUUGGCCGAGAAGGCUUGGGUCAACUCGCCCAAUGACGAAGCCAGAGAGCAUCUGGAAUUCGCCGCGGUUACCCAGGGCCUUUUGCUCAAAUCCGUGGAUAACAUCAGCGUCAGCCGGCUGCAUAUUGGAGUCGAUUGCCUUGCGGCCGCGGCAGUGCUAACAUACGCAUCACUUCGAUCGUUGAACUUUGGCAGCUACUCGCUAAUUAUCGCCACGGCAGUUCAUUCCGCAACCAUGUUCGUCCCGGGCCUCGUGAAAGAGGAACACCAUUAUUGGUACUGGGCUUCACUUCUGUGGCUGGUAUUCCUCUCUGUUUCUAGGACUCGUCGAUCCGGCUUUGUUUUGGCAUACUUGGGUCUAAUUGCCCUCCACUUCAUGGGCCAGUGUGUCAAUAAGCAGGGCACCAAGUAUUCCAUCGCCGAGCAUAUUGACGAUAUCAUUUUCGCGCAUCCGGUCAUCCUUUGGAUCCCUGCCCUUCUGUCUCAUGUCUCGGCUUUCGUGCUGAUUGCUAAGAAUCUGCGGACCGCCCUAGGUCGAUGCGUUGCCGUCGUGGUGUCCCUCGCCCUUUGCGCGGCUGCAUUCGGUUUUAAACUGUCGUCGACAUACACCUCCAAUCCCGAAUCGUUGAGUUUUGUAUCUCAAUAUGUGAAAAAGCUGAUGGCUACUGUGCCGCAGGAUCGCCUACUACAAGCCUUCUGGACUGAGCUUCUUGCAUGCCUUCUUUUCUUCAUAUGGCAGCACCGAAGUCUAUAUAGUCCCACGAGAAAUUCUGUUGCUAUGACCAGAGUUAUCGAAUUGGUCAAUGUAUACUUGAUAUCGCAGUCUCGGCCGAAGAAUCUAUCCCUCUUUUUGAUAUUUGAAUAUCAGCUUCAAGUUCUGUUAAUGAUGGGGUUAUCUCCCGCGGAAACGGCAACUACUGUGGUCUUGCUUGGCCAGAGCGCCUUUUACAGUAUGGGGAGAGAUAACACAAUCGCCUCGCUCGACUUGCUGAAUGGAUUCAACGGCCUCGGCGAGUCUAGUAUCGUUGGCGUUGUGAUCCAGUCGUUUCUUAGCAAUUGGAUCGGCCCCGUGUGGUGGUCCUUUGCCGGUCUUCGGCUAUUGACUUCGUGGGCUGAGGGAGGACAUAGUAGUCCUGCUAUUCCGACGUUACAGAAUGUACAUGACAACAGUGGUCAUAGAACACAUGAUCAGAACAACAGCAAUAAUCCUAAAGCCGCCAAGUCACCGGCAGAGAGUGCGGCCAAACAUAAGGCUGCGAACAUCGCGGUGGGAACUAAUGCCCAUUACAUUGAGUACUUGACUAUGCAGACUCUUUUCUCGGCCCUGAGCUCACUGGCACUUGAUCUGGCCUGUAUUUACAUAUGGGGCCACGAAGACCUGUGGAAUAUCUACGCUCCCAAGUUCAUCAAUGCGUUUAUAUGGGUAUUCUUCCACCAGUUAAUGGUCAAUAGUAUAGGCUGUUCAAUCAUCUGGUUCCUUGUUGGGAACUGA